AUGAACUGCACAAAUCUUAUAGAAGUGCGUCUGGCAGCCAACAACUUGGGAGGGGAUAUCUACACUCUUAAUUUCUCCACACUCAGUCAAUUAAGUAAACUUGACCUAUUUGGGAAUAAUUUCAUUGGUAACUUGCCAACAGGCCUUUACUCAUGUCGGUCCCUACAAGCAAUUCGAUUAAGGGACAAUAAUCUACAAGGACAGAUACAUCCUGAGAUUCUUUCAUUGAAAUCCUUGUCCUUCCUCUCGCUUGCUGAAAUCAGAUUGACCAAUUUAGCUGGGGCAAUCAAGAUAUUAAUGCGAUGCAAAACUCUUCGAACGCUCUGCCUUUCGGGUUCCUUUAUCAGUGGGGCAAACCUAGAUGAUAAUGGCAUGGUUGAUCAUGAUGGAUUCCAAAAUCUUCGAGUUUUAGGUUUGAGUAGGUGUGGGAUCACCGGUCCAAUACCUAUAUGGUUAUCAAAGCUCAAUAAUCUCCAGAUCUUGACUUUGGACAGUAACAGAAUCAUGGGGUCAAUUCCUAGUUGGUUGGGGACUCUUCCAAGACUCUUUCAUAUGAGAUUGCAUAACAACCUUAUUUCAGGUGAAUAUCCCAAGAAACUCUGCAGGCUACCAAGUUUGGUAUAUCAACUUCCUGAAUCUCAGGUAGAUGACCAUUAUGAAUUUGAAUUUCCUGCCAUCUCCACUGUCAGAGAAAAUCCAUGGCCAUCUUUUUUACAGCACGUAGUGUCUUUUCUUCCACCAAUGAUUGACGUAUCUAACAAUAACAUGAAUGGUAGCAUACCUACUGAGAUCGGCCAAUUGAUGCUUCUUCACACGUUGAAUCUUAGCAGCAACAACUUCUCUGGAAACAUUCCAACCCAAAUAUCCAACCUGUUAGAGUUUAGGAAAAAUAUACAGAGAGAAGAGAGAAGGGAGAAGAGCUGA